AUGACGAUCCAGUUCGGUUCAUUCAACGGUAUAUGCCAGGCAGCACCGCUAGUCAUCUGCCCGCUCGUCCAGACUGCUCAGGGCGUGGUACCGACAUGCUAUAGUCGUAAUGUUGACGUCGGCGGAACGCUCAUCUUCCAGCCUUCAACAUGCUUCAUCCAUAUCGUUGCGAUCAUUAUGACAAUUAUAAUGAUCUUACACAUUCGGAGCAAAUAUACGGCGGUCGGUGAGUUGUCUUUCGUCAAACAUGCGAGGCCGGAAGGUCCUCGUACAUUGCGUACUGCACUAUAUGGAGCUUGGUGUCCAAGCGGCCAGGAAGAAAUUCUCAUGUUCUUUUAUCUCUACGCUGUCGUCGAGCUUCUCGCAAUCUUCCUCGAUUCCGGCAUUAUACCCACAUCGAGUUCGGUAUACCCAUGGUUUGCAGCGGCUUACACCGGGCUAGUGGCAGCAGCAUAUUGCUGCUUGUUGAUAAAUGGAUUCGUUGGCUUCCAGUUUGCAGAGGAUGGAACGCCUCUGUCUCUUUGGCUUAUGCGUAUAUCCUGCCUCGUCCUACUCGCUAUCGGUUUCUUCGUUGCUAUUGCGACUUUCAAACAGUUCGCAGGGUUCAAAUUCACAAAUCCGAUUGGACUCUGGAUAAUUUACAUCCUUUGGCCGCUAAUUUGCACCACGAUCUACGUCGUUUCGCAGCUUAUCCUCGUCUUCCGCACAUUAGAGGAUCGGUGGCCAAUUGGCGACAUUGUCUUCGGCACUGCAUUUUUCGUCAUUGCCCAAGUCUUACUUUUCGCUUUCUCAGUACAGAUUUGCGACGCUGUUUCCCAUUACAUUGAUGGCCUCUUUUUCUACACACUCUGCAUGCUCCUGAGUGUUAUGAUGGUGUAUAAAUAUUGGGACAGUAUUACCAAGGAGGAUCUCGAGUUCUCUGUCGGCAGCAAACAGGCAGUCUGGGAAGUGAAGGACCCGCUUCUUGCACCCGGCACGGACUAUUCGGAAGAGGACGCGAGUAGCAGCUAUUACCCAGCUGGUGGAGCUACCCCGGCAAGCCUUGUCGGCGGAGUAAGCGGGCAACAGCUUUAUGGGCCGCGGGGCAAUGGCGGACAAUAUGGCGGAAGGGGCUAUUGA